CUAACGUAGAGGGAUGGAGACGAGGAAAUGGCCAGCUAAGCCAUCCAGCUAGUAAAUUUGCUUGAAGGAUUGAGUACAGUAGCUCGACAGCUAGAGCAAGUAGUCUAAAGAGCUAGAUAGCUUGCUAACAUAUUGGUUAUUUGCUACGUCAGCCAUCUAUAAUAGUAAUUAGGAAUGCUCUAUAACUUGUCAGCAAACGAGCAAGACUACUGUAGCUAGCUAUUUCAAAAAACCUUUAUUAUUGAAAUCUGCUCUAGAUGAUUACUGUGUGACGACUAAUAUGUGUCUUAGCUAGCUAACGUGUAAUGUUAUGUUAUGUUAGCUAGCAAUCUAACGUUGGCAAGGCAUACAAGACCGAAGCGUUUAAAGAUACACCUGAUACAACAUUCAUACGGUGCUUGGACCAUAGCUGGGUUACGGUGUAAUAUAGGUUAUCUCUUCUCGGAUCUACAAUGGCCUUCAGCAAAGGAUAUCGCAUUUACCACAAGCUGGACCCCCCUCCCUACAGCGUGAUAGUGGAGAGCAGGAAUAAGGAGGAAUGCCUCAUGUUCGAGUCUGGCGCCGUCGCCGUUCUGUCGGCCGCUGAGAAGGAGGCCAUUAAAAACACGUACACCAAGAUGGUGGACGCCUACGGAAUCCUGGGAGUCCUCCGGCUGAAUCUCGGUGACUCCAUGCUGCACAGUCUGGUGGUGGCCACAGGCUGCAGCUCGGUGGGGAAGGUCCAGGAGUCCGAGGUGUUCCGGGUCACCUCCACGGACUUCAUCUCCCUGAAGAACGACCCGGGGGACGAGGACAGGAUCGCGGACGUGAGGAAGAUCCUGAACUCAGGCAACUUCUACUUUGCCUGGUCGCACACCGGAAUCAGCAUGGACCUGAGCCUGAACGCCCACCGCCGGAUCAAAGAGGACACCACAGAUAACCGCUUCUUCUGGAACCAGUCGCUGCACCUGCACCUGAAGCACUACGGGGUGAACUGCGACGACUGGCUGCUGCGCCUGAUGUGCGGCGGCGUGGAGAUCCGCACCAUCUACGCGGGCCACAAGCAGGCCAAGGCCUGCGUCAUCUCCCGCCUCAGCUCCGAGAGGGCGGGGACGCGCUUCAACGUCCGGGGGGCCAACGACGACGGGCAGGUGGCCAACUUUGUGGAGACCGAGCAGGUCAUUUUCCUCGACGACAAAGUGUCAUCUUUCAUCCAAAUCCGUGGGUCCAUUCCUCUGUUUUGGGAACAACCAGGAAUCCAGAAAAAGUCUAUUCAGGGUAUGUUGUUGCACCUGAAUGACAACCGCCGCCAUAAUGGAUCCGAUGAGAAUCCACACCUGGUUGGCUCCCACCGUGUCAAGCUCUCCCGUGGGUUUGAGGCCAACGCACCAGCUUUCGAGAGGCACUUCAGUGCUCUGCGGAGGCUGUAUGGUAAACAGGUGAACAUCAACCUGCUGGGGUCCAAGGAGGGAGAACACAUGCUCAGCAAGGCAUUCCAGAGCCACCUGAAGGCGUCGGAGCACGCCGGCGCCGUGAGGAUGGUGAACUUUGACUACCACCAGAUGGUGAAGGGGGGCAAGGCCGACAAGCUGCACAGCGUGCUCAAGCCCCAGCUCAGCCGCUUCCUGGAGGACUGCGGCUUCUUCUACUACUCUGCAGAGACCGGCGUCACCAGGUCUCAGAGCGGGACCGUCAGAACCAAUUGUCUGGACUGUCUGGACAGAACCAACAGUGUCCAGUCCUUCUUUGCCCUGGAGAUGCUGCCCAAGCAGCUGGAGGAGAUGGGUCUCACAGAGAAGCCCCAGCUGGUGGCCAGGUUCCAGGAGGUGUUCCGGGCCAUGUGGUCCCAGAACGGGGACUACGUCAGCAAGAUCUACGCUGGCACGGGAGCCCUGGACGGCAAGGCCAAGGGGGGGAAGCUGAAAGACGGCGCGCGCUCGGUGACCAGAACCAUCCAGAACAACUUCUUCGACAGCUCCAAGCAGGAGGCCAUCGACAUCCUCAGGCUGGGCUCCACGCUGAACUCUGACCUGGCCGACAAGGCCCGCGCCCUGCUCACCACCUCCAGUCUCUACGCCUCCCCCCGGGUCUUACUGGGCAUGUGUCAGAACCACCACAAGUACACGCGCCCCCGCCGGGUGAGGGUGGGCGUGGGCACGUGGAACGUCAACGGGGGCAAGCAGUUCCGCAGCAUCGCCUUCCGCAACCAGACCCUCAACGACUGGCUGCUGGACGCCCCGCUGAAGGCGGGCUACCCAGACUUCCAGGACUCCAAGGCGAACCCCAUCGACAUCUUUGCCAUCGGCUUCGAGGAGAUGGUGGAGCUCAACGCUGGGAACAUAGUUAGCGCCAGCACCACCAAUCAGAAGCUGUGGGCAGCGGAGCUGCAGAAGAGCAUCUCGCGGGACCACAAAUACGUCCUGCUGGCCUCCGAGCAGCUGGUGGGCGUGUGCCUGUUCAUCUUCAUCCGCCCCCAACACGCCCCCUUUAUCAGGGACGUCGCCGUGGACACCGUGAAGACGGGCAUGGGUGGGGCCACCGGGAACAAAGGGGGCGUGGCCAUCCGCAUGCUGUUCCACACGACCAGCAUCUGCGUCAUCUGUUCCCACUUUGCCGCCGGCCAAUCACAGGUCAAGGAGAGGAACGACGACUACAACGAGAUCACACGCCGACUCACGUUCCCCAUGGGUCGCCUGCUGUACUCCCACGACUACGUGUUCUGGUGCGGCGACUUCAACUACCGCAUCAGCCUGCCCAACGAGGAGGUGAAGGAGCUGAUCAGGCAGCAGAACUGGGACGCCCUGACCACAGGGGACCAGCUGGUGGACCAGAAGAACGCUGGCCUGGUGUUUAAAGGCUUCAUCGAGGGGAAGCUGGACUUCGCCCCCACCUACAAGUACGACCUGUUCUCCGAGGACUACGACACCAGUGAGAAGUGUCGCACGCCAGCCUGGACCGACCGCGUCCUCUGGAAGAGGAGGAAGUGGAACUUUGACAAAACUGCCGAGGAGAUGGACGGCGCCUCUGAGAGCGAAGGGGACCCCCAGGUCCCCUGGACACCGGGGAGCCUCAAAUACUACGGCAGGGCGGAGCUGAAGACCUCCGAUCACAGGCCGGUGAUGGCGAUCAUCGACGUGGACGUCCUGGAGGUGGACCCCGAGGAGCGUCACCAGGUGUACCGGGAGGUGAUCGCCCAGCAGGGGCCUCCGGACGGCACCGUCCUGGUGGCCCUGUGCAGCUCCGGGCCCGACGACUACUUCGACGACGCCCUCAUCGACGAGCUGCUGGACAAGUUUGCCGUCUUCGGGGAGGUCAUCCUCAUCAGGUUCGUGGAGGAGAAGAUGUGGGUGACGUUCCUGGAAGGCUACUCCGCCCUGGCCGCUCUGUCUCUCAGCGCCUCCACGGUGCUGGGCCACGUGAUCGACGUGCGUCUGAAGAGCCCGGGCUGGAUCAAGAGCCUGGAGGACGAGAUGAGCGUGGAGCGCAUCUGUGGCACCAUCCCCACCUCGGCCAGCUCCUCCCUGCUGGCCGAGGACGCGGACAUGGCCGACGACGACUACGACAUGGAGGGUGACGUGGAUGAGGAAGUGGAGGAGAUCCUCCCCCAGCACCUGCAGCCUGGGGCAGGCUCCUCCUCCGGGGCAGGCUCCUCCCCCGUGCCCUCCCCCCGGGGCAGCCCCUGCCACUCCCCCACCCACGGGGAACCCUCAGCCCCCAGCAGGCCCAGCAGGGGGCCCCCGCGCACCGCCGGGCCCCCACAGGGGUGUCCAGCUGAGUACCAGCCGGGCGGCCCCCCAUUCCAGGGAAUGGAGCCCAAGCGCCCCCCUCCCCCCCGGCCCAACGCCCCUCCGGCCAGACCGGCCCCCCCGCAGCGCCCCCCGCCCCCCUCAGGUCGAGGCCCACUAGGAGUCGGGGGCGUGCCCAGACCAAACAUUCCACCGCGGGCCGGCGUGAUCAGCGUGCCCCCCCAGGGCCGUGCCCUGCCCCCCUCCCACCCCGGAGCCCCCAGGCCCACCCCGGAGGUGCACCCCGGGGCCCCGCGCCCCAUCCCAGACACCCACCCUGGGGCCCCGAGACCCGGCCCCGACGCCCCCGCCAAACCUGUCGACCUGCCUCUGGGCCCCCCGCCCACCGCGGCCCCUCCAGUGAGGCCCCAGGCAGCCACCUCCUCCCCCAUGCAGAACCCCAUGGUCCCCCAAGCCACCUCCUCCCCCAUGCAGAACCCCAUGGUGCCCCAGGCCUCCUCCUCCCCCAUGCAGACCCCCAUGGUGCCCCAGGCCUCCUCCUCCCCCAUGCAGACCCCCAUGGUGCCCCAGGCCUCCUCCUCCCCCAUGCAGACCCCCAUGGUGCCCCAGGCUGCCCCCAGCCUCCAGCACCAGCUCCCCCCGCGCAUGCAGCCCAGCAUGCAAGCCCCUAUGGUGCCCCAGAUGGCCCCGGGCCCCCCCCAGGCGGCGUCAGCCACUGCCGUGCCCCUCCCCCAGGGCCUGGCCUCCCCCAAGCCCCCGCCCCGCUCCCGUUCUUCCCACGGCCUGCCACCAGAGGGCACUGCCCCCACAGCCCAGACCAAUGGGCUGAACGGAAUCCAAAGAGAAGCACAAUGGAAGCCCGCCCCUUUCGACACGCUCCCGCCUGACCUGCUCUCCUCCACUUCGUCCUCCUCCGCCUCCUCCUGGCUCAACACCCAGUCCCUCACCCGAGGUUCCUCCCUGCGGGCGCCUCCCUCCGUGCCCGGCCCCUCCCCCUCCUCCUCCGGGACCCUCCCCUCCUCCUUCUCCCUGGACUCGGCCCCUCUCUCCGCCCUGCUCGGGCCGGCUUCCCACUCCUCCUCCUCCUCCUCCCACUCCUCCUCCUCCCUCUCCGGCCCCUCCCCCCUGGCGCCGUCCCUCCUCCCCCCUCCCCCGGUCCCGUCCAGGAGCCGGUCACAGGAGGCCCUGCUGCGCGUCUCCCCUAACCCCUUCCUGACGGAGCCCGUCCCGGCCCGGCCCAACAGCACCAACCCCUUCACGGGCCCUCUGGCGCAGCAGAGCCAGCAGCGGCGCUCCCUCACGCCCGACUUCCAGGCCCAGGCGCGGGCCUCCGGGCCGGGCCUCCAGAGGACCAUGUCUGCUUUCGCCCAGCCCCUCAUCCCCCUGACCCCCACCCCGGCCUUCCUCCCUACCCUGACCCCCACCCCGGUCCCUCCUCGCCCUCUCAGCAGAACCAUGUCCCUCUUCGCGCAGUCGUCCACCCUCCUCCCCCCCCCUGCCUCGGCGCCCGUUCCCCUCAUCCCGGCCCCCGCCCUGCCAGCCGUGGCCCCUUCCACCGUCCCCGCCGCCCACCCCCAGCCGCCCCCGCCCGGGAAACGCCACCAGUGGGUCACCUUCGACGAGGAAUCCCACUCCCCUUCCCCCCCGACCACAGCUCUGACGGCCGCCGCCCCCAUUCUCCCCUCCGGGUCCUCGCUCCCCCAGGCCCAGACUCUGUUCCCCUGCUCGGGCUUCGACUCGGAUCCCGGCUGGGGCGGCUCCUCCUCCGCCGCCGCCCCCUCCUUCCCUCCCCCCGUCCCAGCCAGGACCGUCCCCAGCCAGCCCCACGUCCCGGCCCGGCCCAGCGACGGCCUCUUCUUCCCCAAGGAGCUCACCGAGAGAUAGGACCCCCCGCCGUGUUAUGUACAGAGCAUAUCUAGAUGUAUAGAACUAUGAUGUGUGUGUGUGUGUGUGUGGUUUGUACAAAGGCUAAUGUAUUUACAAAGUCAAGAGUGUUUCACUUCCAAAUCCAACAAAAGGAUAUAUUUCUCACCUUAAGAGAGCAGUUAAGCGGGCACCAAAUGUGUGUUGGGUCCUGUUAAAAGCUCCCAACUCGGAUAUGAACAAUUGUAAAUAUAAAUGGUUCGGAUUUUAUUUUUGUUCUUAUUGUCGUUAUGUGGCCGGAAACAUGUGCCUGUGUCUAUAUUGUUGUGUCAAGUCUCUAUCUAUGCGCACAAACGUGUGGCUAAAACCUCCUGUGCAAUAUCGCGACGCGUCCGCAGCCGUGUGGUAUCGCCCUCCGCGCCUCUCUGAGGCGCUCCUGCGUCAUCACCAUGACGACCACACUCACCCCUCGGGACACCGCUGUCAAGUCAGCUGGCCCUAGCCCCGUCCUUCCUGUGAGACAGUCUCACUUCCUGUUUCCCCCCCACCCCCCCAACACUGCUUAUUCUGCGGCAGGAUGCUCGCUUUGCAUGGGAAUAGUUUGGGCCCCAAAACGCUAUUUCCUGUUAAGAGACCCCUCCCCCCUCCAUCCACCCAUUCACAGACCACUGCCCUGCCCGGGCGUUCGUUCCCAGUCUGUUGCAGUGUGUCUGCAUGUCUCACUCCAACCACUAGGGGACAGUGUGGUUCCUCCAGAAUGUAAAGUGAUCGUCCUCGUCAUUGCUGCCGUGUCGGGGGGGACGGGGGGACGGACGCAAUGAGGAAGACGAGACGUUGUUACAACCAAUCAGGCCGUGACCCCGGACCAGGCCCACGUCCUCUCCCUGGUCUCCCCUCUCCGUAGAAGCUCUGUGAUGUGGCUGUGUGAGUUUGCCGUGCGGUCGUGUUCUUCCAGUACACAAGCGGUCGUCUUUACCUGCGUGUCUUCGGCGCGAAGGGAAUCGAAACGCCGCGUUUGCGGCCGACCGUGUUUGGCGAGGACGUGAGCGCGCGCACCGUGUGACGGUUCUCCAGCGCGUACGCUCGAGGGCCCCGCCCUCUCUCGACAGGGAACUCACGGGAGCCGACGGCAGGCUCUUGCCCUCCUCCUCCACCUCCCUCCUCCUCCGUGUGUUCAGGACAUGGUAAACCAGUGGUUUGGUUUGGUCCAUUUGGAUCCAGAGCUUGGAACCUUCCAGUGCUGUAAAUUCCGAGAAUGUUUGUGUUGCUUCUGUUAGGAUGGGCCCACGAGGCCGAAAUCAGACCCCAGACAUAUCUGAAACAGGAAACAAUCGCGGGCGGCUUCUGUGGCGUACUUACAAAACGUGUAUUUUUCCCGCUUUUUAACUUUGAAUUUCUCGCAAAGAUGAACUAUUUUUUUCUUUUUCAAAACAGAUGUAUUUCAUGAUGAAUAUUUAUUAUCGGUACCGUGGUGAAGACGUAUCUGUGUUGUAUUUGAGUUGUGUUGUCUGUCGUAGUGCGUGUGUUCUGUGCGUGAGCGUGUACAGUGUUGGAGCGUGUUAUUUAUCACUGUUUUCCCGCCUAAACGUUCCUCAACGACUUGUCUAAAGUCUGCGCUCCAACCGAUCAGGGUCAAUUACAGAGAUGUGGCGAGGAUAAAGUAUUGGAACGAAUUCAUGUGCAUUUGAUUUGCCUUUGGCUCUGCACUGAUGAACGUGAUCCUCCGCUCUCAAAGCAGUAAGCCAAAUCUGAUGCAAGCAACGAGUUCACAGUGUCGGAAAAUGGUAAUCGACCCAGAUCUGUCACAGUCACUGAAAUGAACAGUUAUGAAUAUUUUCGCUUCUUUGUCUUCUCCUUAUGCAGGGGAAAACAAACAUGUAUCUUUGUAUGGUUGCACACUGAAAGACAAACUUCUCAUUAGUAGUGACACUCAGUAAUGGGGGGAACUGCCCUGUCGCGGUUCCAGCGUAUCCAAUCACGACCCAAACCCCCUACAGUACUGUUUAAAUGUGAGGUGGGGUUGAUCUCCAUAGCACAGCCAUACUGCUUUCUGGUGCAUCUCUCAUCAUGUAUCGGAGGUGGACGGUGAUAUCUAGGCCUCUCCUGCGUGCCGUCUUCCCUGACUUGUGAUUGGUCCCCUCCACAUUCCCUGACCUGUGGUUGGUCCCCCUCCACAUUCCCUGGCCUGUGGUUGGUCCCCCUCCACAUUCCCUGGCCUGUGGUUGGUCCCCCUCCAAAAUCCAUUGACACGCAUAUUCAAAUAAUUUUAAAAAAAACACAAACGCAAUUGUCACGACACCAUAUGGAGUAUUUAAUCGUGUGGCGGAAUGUCAUUAGUAUUUUCUCCUGCGAGUUUCUCAGUGAGUGACAGGGUGGGGGGCGUUGGCAUGUUGGGUAGGUCUACCGUGGUGGUUUCGUGUGAAGAGCAGUAUGAAGAAACUAUCCCUUCCCAUGAUGCCCCAUUCGACUUGAAACACACGCGUUCUGUACCAGCUUGAGGAGUUCCGUUUUUCCAAACGGAGCAGGGUAGUGCAGGGAGGGUCAGAGAUCAGAGUCUUAAAACGCCAGCUAACUAAUGCUUCUCUUACAUAUUGUGCAUGUACCAGCUGUGUUAUCACUGCAAUCCAAGGCUCUGGGCUGAGAUUGUUGACACUUGAGGCAGACCACUGUAAGCAAGUGGAUGAUGUCUGCCUGCGUACAAACUUGUAUUGGUAAUUGGAGAUUAUGUAACCACUUCAACACAAUUAUUAUGCUAUUGAGACAUGUGCAGUAAGUAGGUGAAGCGUUAUCUGUAGAAAUUUAGCCAGCGCUUCAUGUCAUGUUGAACAAGAGAUUUUAUAGGAAACAAAUGUACUUCUUUGUGAGGUGGGUGUCCCUUUAUAACUCAUAGUAAAGAAAAUUGUGUGUUGUUGACCAUAUUCUGUGUGUAUUAAAGAAAACCGAAAAUUGCAAUUCAUGUAUUAGUAUGAAAAGGUUCUGUAAUUUCUGUGCACAUCGUAUUGCACAAUUCUGUAUUAAGCAAUUUGUGUUGUAUGUAUGCAAUAAUAAAUGUACAUUUACCUGAA